AUGGUUAUCCUCAAGGUUAAAAAGGAUAUAGACUACUUGAUCUUCAUACAAAUCGGAUUUCCAUCUCUCGAAAUUCUUGAUGCCUCGAAGAAUUGGUCUAUUCAGCAGCUUGACAUUAGCAAUGAUUUCCUGAAUGGAGACCUAGACGAGGAGAUAUACAUGACGAUCCCUCAAGGUUAUGAAGAACUAACGGGUAGAGUUGCUCCUUCUGAUCAUUCAUUGUUUGUUAAGAGAUCGGAGAAGAUCUUUGUCGCAGCUCUUGUCUACGUGGAUGAUAUUUUGAUUGUUGGCAAUGAUGAAGCAGCCAUCGAGAAUUUCAAAGACAUUCUCAAAGGAGCUUUCAAACUCCGAGAUCUUGGUACGGCGAAGUAUUUCCUUGGCUUUGAGAUUGCAAGGAAUGACAGUGGGAUUUCUAUUAAUCAGAGGAAAUACACUUUAAAACUACUUCAAGAUGCAGGAUACCUUGGUUGUAAACCAGUUUUGGUUCCGAUGGAACCAAACUCGAAGCUCUCAGAUUCUUCAGGAGCUCUUCUCUCAGACCCGUCAGUAUAUCGGAAGAUAGUUGGGAAGCUAUUGUACCUGACGCAUACACGCCCUGACAUUACCUAUGCGGUGCACAAGUUGAGCCAGUUUAUGUCUGCUCCUCGUCAGGAUCAUCUUACCGCAGCUCAACAGGUUCUCAGAUAUUUGAAGAAUGAUUUAGCUCAAGGGAUGUUCUAUCCUGCUUCUUCCUCAGUUCACUUGACAGCAUUUUGUGAUGCUGAUUGGGCGUCUUGCCCUGAUUCUCGUCGUUCCACGACUGGGUAUUGUGUGUUCUUAGGCGAUUCUCUUAUCUCUUGGAGGGCAAAAAAACAACACACAUUUUCUCGUAGCAGUUCUGAAGCUGAGUACCGGUCGAUGGCAGAUACGACGUGUGAAUUGAUAUGGCUUGCUGUUCUGCUUCGUGAUCUGCAUUGUCCACUUACAGGUCCAGCUACACUAUUCUGUGACAAUCAAUAUGCACUUCACGUUGCAUCCAAUCCUGUCUUUCAUGAGAGGACAAAACAUAUCGAGAUAGAUUGCCACGUUGUUCGGGAGAAGUUGCUCAGUGGUUUCUUGAAAAUUAUGCAUGUGAGAUCAGAAAAUCAGCUUGCAGAUAUUCUCACCAAGACGGUGCAACCGGCUGUGUUCAAGCAGCUUAUACUCAAGAUGGGUCUUCAUCACUUGUUCAUUCCAUCUUAA